AGGAGCUGCAGUGCUCACCACUUUGGGAGAAGAGCAACUUGCUGCCUGCCUGUGAAAGCUUCUGAGAAGCUAGAGGGCUUCACUGUCUGCAAUCUUGGCUCCUGAUUCAAUGCUUAGUUUUUAGCCUGUAUCAUAAUCUGUACUGGAAGGCAUCUGACAACUCUGUGAAUGGCAUUGAAUGAGCAGGAGGAAGAGGCCUCGCGCGGAGGAGGGAGCAAUUGAAUUUCAAAACACAAACAACUGCAGGAGUGCGCACCGCUGUGCCCAGCGUCGCGUCGUCGGACUCGUGCCCACCCCGUCCGAGAGGCGCGCAGGUGGAGAGCUCGGGCCGGGGGUCCCCAUCGAGGCCCGGGCCAAGCGCGGGCCGGAGCGGAGCAGCGCCGCCACCGCUACCACAGCGCGCGCAAACUUGGGCUCACGCUUCCCGGCCUGGCGCGGAGCCCGGGGAGCCCGGAGCCUGGCCAUGUCUCGAUCCAACUGGCAGAAGGAGUACAAAUGUGGGGACCUGGUGUUCGCCAAGAUGAAGGGCUACCGGCACUGGCCGGCCCGGAUUGAUGAGAUGCCCGAGGCUACCGUGAAAUCCACAGCCAACAAGUACCGAGUCUUUUUCUUUGGGACCCACGAGACGGCAUUCCUGGGCCCCAAACACCUCUUCCCUUACGAGGAGUCCAAGGAGAAGUUUGGCAAGCCUAACAAGCGGAAAGGGUUCAGCGAGGGGCUGAGGGAGAUCCAGAACAACCCCACUGUCAACGCCUCUGGCUACCAGCCCUCCCAGAAAAAGAGCUGCUUGGAAGAGCCAGAGCCAGAGCCCGAAGCCACAGAGGGUGACCCUGACAAGAAGGGGAAGGCAGAGGGUAGCAGCGCUGAGGAGGGGAAGCUGGUCAUCCAUGAGCCGGCCAAGGAGAAGAACGAGAAGGGGUCCCUGAAGAGGAGAGCAGGCGACCUGCUGGAGGCUUCCCCUAAACGUCCCGAGGAGGCAGAAGACCCGCAAGGAGAGGAGAGGGAGGCAGCCACCCUGGAGGGUGAGAGGCCCGUCUCCACAGAGCGGGAGAAGAACAGCGCCCCCUCGGAGCCCACCUCUGGCCGAGGCCUUCCUCCCAAGGACGAGGAGGAGGGAGGCGGCAGAGAAGGAUGCUGAGGCCCUGGGCGUCCGAGAUCAUGAGAGCCUGUAGCCACCAGUGUUUCAAGAGGAGCUCUGCCCCGCUCCUGCUGCUGUCUGGGUCCUGCUGGGGAAACUGGCCACGGCCUCAAACUGGGAACCCUCUCCCGUCCCACCCCACCGGCUCUCCCCCUCCGCUUGUUCCCCACUGUGAGCCCGGCCCCUGGAGCUUGAUCUGGCCCUCACCUCCGGGUCCGAGAGGACCCCAGUCUGCUGUGUCUUCAGCUCCCUGGGGGACACGAGGCUGUUGUGCUCCAUGCUGCUUGAAGCUGUUUCCCAGGGCUCCUGUUCCGCCUGACCCCCUCCUCCUCUCCCAUAGACAUUCUGGUGGCUUUGGGUAGGCGUGGAAGGGGUGGAGCAUAAACAGCAGGGUGGGCUUCGGGCUGGGGGUGUUGGGGGCCAGAGGGCAGCGUCCUGCGCUUCUGUCCCCAGUCCCACACGUCUUGCCCAGCUGCCGAGAUUCAGGGAAAGUGGGACAGCCUGGGGGGGAGGGGCUCCGUCCCGUAAGUCCUCCGAGAUUGACCUCACCCAGUCUUCCCCUGAUGAUCCGAGGGUUCUGGGGGUUUGGUUAUCAUCAAAAGAUUUUGGGGCUUCCUGAGAUCUGAAGGGUCGGCUUCCCCCGUGUGGGUAGGAGUGUCCAGCGUCUGCCUCCUUUAGAGCGCUGGGGCCGGAGAUGGGGUGCCCUGGGGAAACUCCCAGCUGCCCUGUCCCCUUUCCCACAGUACUCAAGGCCAGCCUACAGUUACAUACACCACCCAGACGUAAAGGAAGAGACAAAUUUUUUAGGAAAUGUUUUUAAUAAAAGAAAACUACAAAAAAAAUUUGAAGGCCCCCUAACCCUUUGUGUGCUCCCUGUCCUGCUCCUUCCUUCCCCGUGCUGCCCCCAUUUCUGAGGUGCACUGGGAGGCUCCCCUUCUGUGUGGGGCUGGAUGACUCUUUGUAGCUGGGGCUUUGGUGUUCCUUCUGGAGUCAUUUCCUACCCACAUACCCUUACCUGGUCCGUUGGUAUUUUCACCAGAUCUGGUUUGUAAACUCACUGAGAGAACAGAGUGAGUACCCACUCCCAGCCUCUUCGUAGUGGUUUCCUGCCGCUCUGUCUUCUGUCUGUUAUCCCUGACCCUCUCCCUUGGGCUCUGAUGAAAAAUUGCUGACUGUAGCUUUGGAACUUUAGCUCUGAGAACUAUAGACAAAUUCAGUUCUAGGAAAAUAAAACCUGUUGAUUAUUA